AUGGCAAACAACGGUCUACCCGAACUAGAACCAUCUUCUAAGAAACUAGUGAUAGCUCAGACCUCAACACCAAAUCCCCAAUCUUCAUUUAAAGACGAUUCAAGCUCCAAAUCGGACACUUCUCCCACCAAUCCUCGCAUCAAGCCUCUUGCUUCCAAACCCAUGGGAGAAGAUCCACCCAAAGUUACUAAUAAACCUAGAUCCAAGCUUGGUUCGGCGAAAUUUCCAAUGAAAAGGCUUGCGGCGAGCGAGAACAACAGUAAUCAGGAAUCGAAGAUGGCGAAGAAAAAAGUGGUGGAUUCUGAUAUAGUUAUUCAAAAGGACUCGGCCAAGAAGACUGGUGAUGAUACGAAGAAGCAAUUGUUUCAAAGUCUGUGGAAUGAAGAGGAUGAGAUUGUGAUUUUGAAAGGUACGAUUGAAUAUACUGUGAAAAAAGGUUUGAUCCACUCGCAAAUAUCAAUGCUUUUUAUAAUUUCAUCAAUAUAUCGCUGCACAUUAAUGUUAGCAAGACCCAAUUGUCUGAAAAAAGUGAGGAGGUUGAACAAGAAGUAUGAGAACAAUGCUAGCAAGAGUAAAAUGGGCAAGGAUCGGACUUUUCGAAGUCUCAUGAGCAAAAAGCGUAUGAAUUGUUAA